AUGUCUGUGCGUGUAGACCACCGGGAUCGUGACCGAUUUUCGAGACACUCUUCGCGCGCUUCCGUAGAUCUUGCCUUUCCGAGUAGUUCUAAUCGGGAGCAUUCCAUUCGCUCGGUGCAUUCGGCGCGAGUUCCGCGGGCGGCCAGCGAUGAUUUGAUGGUACCCGUACGCACGCUGCGCUCGGCCUCAUGUCGUGUAGCACCGGGUGCUCCUCACCGCUUGCGCCGCCACCACUCCUCUGCGGCCGAGUGCGAGCGUGCGCGUCGAUCUCGCCGCCAUACGCUCGAGUUGCCCAACAGCCGCGGUCCCAGUGUCCGGAGCCGCUCCCCGGAGCCCCCGCUGCCGCCACCCGAGCCGGAAAUCCCGCCCGAAGAAGCUGGCAAAGAAGCGCGGAGACGACGCGUCGUGGCCGCCGUCGCCGCUUCCUUCUUCGCACUAGCGCUAGCGUCGGUGCUCGUCGUGGUGGUGACGCUGACACACAGCUCUGUGCUGCGAGCUCACAACCAAACGGCCAAGUACUACACGUUCUCCGUGCCGCCGCACCAUCCUCUCAGUGAGCCCCGUUCAUGUUGCCCCACCGUCGCCCCUCCCGCUUCGCAUGCGACUGUCUCCGACCCUGAGUGCCAGGGGCUGCGAACGUCGCCUCGUCGCCUCGUCUGCUCACCGCCACCAUAUGCGGUAUAUAACGAUAGUGCAGUACACACAUUGAUAAACAAACUGUAG